AGAUUAUAUAACAAAAGUAAACAAUUCGAAUAUCCUUCUUCUUCAUUAUAAAAAGUAAAUGAACGAACAUUUACAACUACUAACGAGUUAUCCAUUCGAAGUUAGGAGAUUCGUAUACACAACAAUCAUGCAUUAUCAUCAAUGUCUAGUAACGUUCAUGAGUACAAUAGUAUUGCUGACAAUUGUACAUGAUGUAACAGGUUCUGGUUUGCUCGAUGAGAAAAUUACCACACCUAAACAAUCUAAAUUGAUGAAAUUACUUUUUGGUUCUUCUGGUUCAGUCAGUUCAUUUCAAAUAUCUUGGCUGACUCUUUCAUCAGUCUUUGUGAUAGUUAUUGGGCUGAUCAAAAGCUAUACAGAACGAUCUAUCUUUUAAAACAAACCUAAUUACGCACAUUCAUUGUUGAAAACAAUGACAAAUUUCGCAUGUUACGUUACUAAUAUUCUAUAAUACACUACGGAAAUAUUUCGGUGUUUAAA